ACGCGCGGCCGUGUUUGGGGAGGAAGUCGGUGUCAGGUUGGCGCAGUUAACGCUGCUAGCUAAAUGUAUUUCAUUUCCUCGGGAAAACAGCAGGCGCCGCUUAUUUCAACUCCGUGGACGUAUUUGAAUAGAUAGCUGGACGUUAUGUAGCGUCGCAAAGUGUUUGUGUUGGUAUUUAGUCCAGCGGCUGCUAAAGGUCCUAAAUUAGACACGCGAGGGUAGCAAGAUGUCAGCGGGAGCUAACGUCAGUUUGAGUGUUUGAGGACAGACUAAGGAAACUUUACUGCUUCAUUUGUUCUCUGUGUUCAUCCGUCCUGUCGACUACUAUCUGUACCAGCUUAUAAGAGCCUGUAGGUACUUUAGGUUAGGUAGUUAACGUUAGUUAGGUAGUUAACGUUAGUUAGUUAGCAUAGGGCACUUCUUCCUGCAUAAACACACACAGGACUACUAACAGUAAAAUGAAGAUGAAUGGAGUUAUAACGUGUAGCUUGGAGAGGCGUUAACCUCUGUGUGAAGCCCAGCUGGCCCAUCAUGAAGAACAACAAGUCAUACAAGCUUGUGCUGCACAAGAAGGGUUUUGGAGGAAGCGAGGAUGAGUUGGUUGUCAACCCAAAAGUUUUCCCUCAUGUCAGUCUGAGGGAUAUCAUCGAGAUCGCACACCCUUCAGAUGAAUACAGUCCUCUGCUGCUGCAAGUGAAGAGCCUCAAAGAGGACCUCCAGAAAGAGACAAUCAGUGUGGACCAGACUGUGGCACAAGCCUUCAAGCUGCGUGCCUACCAGGAUGUCAUUGUCAACAUUGUUGAGCCAAAGGAUGUGACUCUGGACCUGGUGGAGCUGACAUUUAAGGACCAGUACAUCGGCAGAGGAGACAUGUGGAGACUGAAGAAGAGUCUGGUGAGCACGUGUGCUUAUGUGACGCAGAAAGUGGAGUUUGCGGGAAUAAGAGCCCAGGCCAGUGAGCUGUGGGUGAAGGGAGAGAAGGUGACCUGUGGGUACAUCAGUGAAGACUCCCGGGUGGUGUUCAGAUCCACGUCUGCAAUGGUGUACAUCUUCAUCCAGAUGAGUUGUGAGAUGUGGGACUUUGACAUCUAUGGUGAUCUCUACUUCGAGAAGGCUGUAAAUGGUUUCCUGUCGGACCUUUUCGCCAAGUGGAAGGAGAAGAACUGCAGUCAUGAGGUGACAGUUGUACUUUUCUCCCGUACAUUCUACAACGCCAAAACUAUUGAUGAAUUCCCUGAGAUUCUGAGAGGGUCCAUCAGACAGGACCACGAGGGACGUUUUUAUGAAGACUUUUACAGAGUGGUGGCUCAGAAUGAGAGACGGGACGAGUGGACGUCCCUGCUGGUCACGAUCAAGAAGCUCUUCAUUCAGUACCCUGUCCUGGUGCGGCUCAAAGAAGCAGAUGGUUUUCCUGUUGGUUACAACUCAACUGCUGCUGAAGGAAACUACUUGGAGGCCAUUAACCUUUCCUUCAAUGUGUUCGACAAGCACUACAUCAACCGUAACUUUGACCGCACCGGCCAGAUGUCAGUGGUCAUCACACCUGGAGUGGGAGUGUUUGAAGUCGACCGGCUGCUCAUGAUUCUCACCAAACAGCGUAUGAUUGACAACGGUAUUGGGGUCGACUUGGUGUGCAUGGGGGAGCAGCCGUUGCAUGCAGUACCCUUAUUCAAGCUGCACAACAGGACGGCACCUGGAGACUCCCGUGUAGGAGACGACUAUAACCUUCCUCACUGGAUCAACCACAGCUUCUACACCUCAAAGAGUCAGAACUCUUGCAGCUCCUUCACCCCUCGAAUCAAACUGGCUGGCCGCAAGCUUCAUGCUGAGAAAUCCAAGAGCAGCAAGGAACACACUCUCUGUGCGUCUAAGGAAUCUGAAAACAGCCUGCCCAUUCAGGUGGACUACGACGCUUAUGACGCUCAGGUGUUCAGACUACCUGGUCCCUCACGGAUUCAGAGGAGCACCAACUUCAGGAUGGUUCGAGACAAAGAGACGGGUGUGAGGAAGAGCUGGGGCUCGGUGGACGUCACCGCGGGCAUCGGCGUGUCCCCUCCCGUUCGCCCCGGGUGUCCGGAGGAGCAGUGCAGCCUGGCCUCUGAUGACAGUCUGGGCCCGGUGUCCAACAUGCUGCUCAUACCCCGCAUGCCUUCUGUCCAGUAUGAAGUCAGCAGCUCCCUGGGAUACACCAGCACCAGAGAGCUGUUGGACAAGAUGAUGGACUCUCAGCGGGACUCUAGUGCCCCGGGCAGGUUCACAGUGGGAAGCGCCGAGUCCACUUUACACAUCCGUCCUGGAGGUUACACCCCUCAGAGAGCACUCAUAAACCCCUUCACCCCAUCACGAAUGCCCAUGAAGCUCACCUCCAACCGGCGGCGGUGGAUGCACACCUUCCCUGUCGGUCCUUCUGGAGAAGCGAUCCAGAUCCACCACCAGACCAGACAGAACAUGGCGGAGCUGCAGGGCAGCCAGCAGAGGGAUCCCGCCCACACCUCGGCGGAGCUGCUGGAACUGGCCUAUCACGAGGCCACUGGGAGGCGAACAGCGUCCCGGCACGCAGGGGAGAAUGGCCUGUGCGUUGGUGGAGGAGCGGGGGAGUUUACUGAGAGUCCAGGGAGCAACAACAGUGGAAAUCUCAACAACCGCGGCUCCACAUCUCAGGACCUGUCCCUCGGUGGUGCCGAUCCAACCCUGCUGCUGUCUGCACCCCCCACAGUGCCCAGCUUCUGCUGCACAGUGGGGGUGGACUGGAAGUCUCUGACCACGCCGGCCUGCCUGCCUCUCACCACCGACUACUUCCCCGACCGCCAGGCGCUGCAGAACGACUACACCGAAGGCUGCUAUGACCUGCUGCCGCACAGCGACCUGGAAAGGCGGGAGGACGAAGCCCCCGUGAUGGGUGCGUCGCAGGUGUUUGAGGAGUUCAUCUGUCAGCGCUUGAUGCAGGGCUACCAGAUCAUUGUCCAAACCAGCCACAGGAAAGCGCCGCCCACUGUGGCCCCGCCGCUCGGCAGCAGUCCGCUUUACUCCCGAGGUUUGGUGUCCCUGCGUCGCGCGGAGGAGGAGGAGACGGUCUACUGGCUCAGUAUGGGCCGCACUUUCCAUAAAGUUUGCCUCAAAGACAAGAUCAUCACUGUCACUCGCUACCUGCCCAAGUACCCGUACGAGUCGGCACAGAUCCAGUACAGCUACAGCCUCUGCCCGCCGCACUCUGAUGCGCACUUUGUGUCCUGCUGGGUGGAGUUUGGCCACGAGAGGCUGGAGGAGUACAAGUGGAACUACCUGGACCAGUACAUCUGUUCUGCUGGCUCGGAGGACUUCAGUCUGAUCGAGUCGCUGAAGUUCUGGAGGACUCGCUUCCUCCUGCUGCCGGCCGGAGGCGCCAAGCGGGCGGCGGUUGGGGAGGGGCACUGGGAUGUUUAUGGGGAGGGAGCAGGUGCCGGGAUGUGUGGCAGUGGGGACUGGGUCCUCCUCGAUGGCUUCAUCCGUUUCCUGGAGGGUCUGAACCGCAUUCGGAGACGCCAUCGCUCCGACCGGAUCAUCCGACAGAAGGGCACACCUAUGAAAGCACUGCAGGUCACUAGUCCUCUUCCCCAGUACCCCACGGAGCCUGCGGGGCCCCCACAAGGCAAAAAAGGCACCUCGGCUUUAUCGGCCCUGCUGGAGAUGGAGCAGAACCAGAAGUCUCUGGAGGAGCAGCAGCAGCAGGCGAAGCCGUCCACGGCCGUCAGUGAGCCCCCAAGCGUUACCGCAGCGGCGCCAUAUGUGGACAGCCCCCGCAAGGACGCUGCCUUUAUUUUGGAUUUUAUACGUAGCCCUCGCUCUUCCUACAUCCCUCACUCUCAGGCGGCUGAAGGCAGCGAGGUGGCAGAUAAAGGAGUCCAGCCAGCAGUCCCAGCAGGAGCAGCGCAGCCUGCAGGAGAGACGGCAGCCGGCAGCUCCUCAGACGCCAGUGGGCACUCUGCCGCAGGAGCCCUGUGUCUGUCCUCCACCUCCACCCUCAUGGAGAUCCUGGAGGCCAUCAAACAUCCCACGACCGGUGUGCAGCUGCUGCCAGAGCAGAAAGGACUUCCACUCAACUGCUUCAUUAGCGCAGAGGUCGUUCAAUGGCUGGGUCAACAAUGUGGAGGCGUGGCCACACAUGGGAUGGCGGUGGAUAUCAUGCAGAAGAUGCUGGAUGAAGGUGUGGUGGCCCACGCUUCUGGAGAUGCCAUGCGCACCUUUGUCUACGGCUUCUACUUCUACAGGAUUGUGGGAGAGAAGGAUGACCCGACCUCCCAGCUCCCCCCCACCGCGGCUGGAGGCUGGUCUGCUGCGGCCCUGGAGGACUUUGCUCUGUUCCAGCGGAAGUGGUUCGAGGUGGCCUUUGUGCUGGAGGAGCGGCGACCCUGCGACCUCCCGGCCUUCCUCCUGCCCUGGCUGCCCAGCCGGCCGGCCUCCUACGCAAGUAGGCACAGCUCCUUCAGCCGCAGCUUUGGAGGACGCAGCCAGGCCGCCGCACUGCUAGCUGCCACGGUGCCGGAGCAGAAGACGGCCACUCUGGACGUUAACAACCGCAGUGACCGGACUGAAUGGUGCAGCUGUUACUACCACGGGAACUUCUCGCUCAACUCAGCCUUUGAGAUCAAGCUGCACUGGAUGGCCGUCACUGCUGCAGUGCUCUUUGAGAUGGUCCAAGGGUGGCACAGGAAGGCAGCGUCCUGCGGCUUCCUACUGGUCCCCGUGCUGGAGGUUCCUUUCGCGCUGACGUCGUACCUGUACGGAGAUCCGCUGAGAGCGCAGCUCUUCAUCCCCCUCAACGUCGCCAGUCUGCUGAAGAAUGCCGGGGACAACCUGUUCGAAGGCUUUGAACCGGAGACGUACUGGGACAGGAUGCAGCUCUUCCAGGAGGCCAUACUCUACAGAUUCGGCUUUGUUCACGACAAGUUCUCAGCUUCAGCUUUUAAUUUCCCCUCCGAGAACAAGCCCCAGUACAUCCACGUGACAGGCACCGUGUUCCUGCAGCUGCCGUACUCCAAGAGAAAGUACUCGAGCGGGCAGCAGCGCAGACGCAGAAACUCCACCACCUCCAACAGCCAGGGCCCGUACGGCGGAGAGGAGCGCGUCGGCUACUACUGGGCCUACAACACCAUGCUGACCAAGGUCUGGAGGACGGGCGCGCUGGGCGACGAGAGGCUCGCCGACCGCCUGCUCAGGGACUUCACCGACUUCUGCGCCAACAAGGACAACCGCCUGCUCCACCUGUGGGACAGCUGCCAGGAGAAGAUGAACGCCAGCGCUCCCUGACGCGCAGCUCUUCAUUCUUUAUUUAUCCCACGGAUGCUUACAGUAUUAAAUCAAAUGUUAAGAGUGGAUUCUGCUCGUUCUUUCUUUUCACUUUAUGAAUAACAGACACUAGUUUUUGGGAAGCAGUCUUUGAUCAACGAGUUUCUCCGUUCGGCUUCAGCCCGUCGAGCCACAAGCCCCGGGGAAAAGACACUUUGCUCGCAACAAUCUGCUCACUUGUGUUUGUCAAAGGAUGAUGGUGCUCGUCACACGGUGCCUUCCAGCCUUCCAUCGUUCUAACAGGUAAUCCCCCCCCCCCGAACACGGCCGCUACGCGCCAGGAAAAGGCUGGGGGAAGGUGUUUACCAGUCUGUUCGUUAUGGCGUCACUGUGAGAUCAUGAAGCUUCUACAGAUGCAUAAUACACAAGUGGUGGGAUUAACGGAGCGACAGUGCUAAUUUAAUUACACAAUUCUAAUAAAUAAAUAAAUGUUUAUGAUAUUCAAGCAUUUCUCUGUGUUUCCUUGAAUUGGAUGAACACUUAGUCGCAACUAGUCUUAGUUGCAUUGCUUCCUGCAAGAGGCCCAUUGGGAACAGAUCCCAUCCCCCUCCAACUCAACAGACGUGUCAUUGCAAUACACAAAGGAAAAGAGAGCUCUGCACAGCCCAAAGAAAAUAAACGGCAUCCUGUUUCAGGUCGCAAACCAUUGCCUGAUGAUGUUGGAGCUGACGUUGUCCCAAACUAUCACGUACUUUAUUAUCUUAUUAUUAUCUCCCCCUCUUGUUCAGGGAUGACAUGAGUGUAUAAUGAAAAUGUACAGAAAUAUGUUUGACAUAUGUCACCUUGUUCAACCAUUUUGCAUGUAAAGACUUAUGUGAUGAACUUUUCAACUGAGAGCCAUUAAAAUUAACUUUGAUCAACAUGA